CCGUUUAAAACGAAAAAAAAACUUGAAAUUUACUCGGGUGUGUCAGCCUGUUGUCAUCUUGGUGUGUGUGUGAACCAUCACCUCUUCAUAUCUUGGUUGUGGAACCUGUUCUGUACAUUUCUUUUAUCUGUUGUUUUGAUGUUUGUGUGUGAUUCAUCAAAUGUUCAUCAAAGAGCCAUUCCAUCAUUUGAAUCAACGAACCAAACAACCGACCAAAAAACAGAAAAAGUCAACGUACCAGCAAAAUUGAUUAACAUUAACAUUGUAUCAUUUUUUUUAUUGUUGAUGAACAAAUUUCCAUUCCAAAUCAACGAAAAUUUGUGUACGUGUGUGUUUUUGCUAUCAAACAUCACUGUGUGAAUCGACGAAAAUGUCAACAUUUAAUAAUCUAUUUCCGAAUAGUAAUAAUUCGGAUAUGAAUAAUUGGAAUAAUAUUGCUGCGAAUUUAUUCAAUCGUACAGCCACCACGAUUGGAUAUGGAAUAAAAUUUGGUGGUAAUGAAAGUGAUUCAUUACCAUUUGAUCAAACACCUGCGGAUAUUCGACAAUAUUUGCUCAUAUUUCGCCUAGUAUUACUUGGUAUCGGUACCUUUGAUACAAUAUUAUUACUGGCAAUCUAUAUAAAAUGUACUGGGAUUAUAAAUAAUUGUCUUGGAAUUUAUGUAGCCAAUAUCAGUAUUGCUUCAUUGAUCGAUAUGAUUGAUGCUACAAUCUGGUCAAUACGUGAAUUUGGUUAUAAAAUUGAAGAUUAUAAUCAAAAUUUACCAUGGUGGAUGGAGAAAUUAUCGAAAUUACCACAAUUCGGCCUACCAACAAUAUCAUUAUUUUUUAUGCUACUAAUAAUUGAUCGAUUUUUUGCUACCUUUUUUGCAAACUGCCAUAAUGGUUGUUAUGGAUCAAAAAUCAAUGCUAUAUUCAUCACAAUACUCAUAUGGUUAGGUUCAUUCUUCAUGACUUUCAUCUUGGUAUUCAAAGAUAUGUUGUUUGAACAUGACAAACUUUAUGAAUUACUACGAUUUCUCAUUGCAUAUAUUGGACCAUUCUGUAUUAAAUUACUACUAAUAUUGAUUCUAUUUGCUAAACGUAAAAUGGUACCAGAUAGUGAACAAAGUCAAGCAUUUAUUAAUCGACAACGUGAAUCACUAUAUUAUGUAUUGACUAUUGUUUUAUUACAUCUCUUAUUCAGUGCACCAUAUUAUGCAACCCAGAUUAAUCAUUAUUUUCAUCUCAUACAAAUACGUAUCGAUGAAUGGAUUAUUUGGCUUCUAUAUGCUCUAAGCGAAUUACCGCUUGUGCUCAAUCCAAUUUUCGUAUUAUCAAUUGAUCCAGAUUUUCGAGAUUCAUUGAUAUUUGUAUGCACAUGUUCAUCACGUAAUCGUAGAGAUAUGAAUGAUUUAUGUGAUGAUCAUGCUGAAUCACAACCAUUAGCACCGAUGGCAACAUCACCUGUAGCUGAAGAAAAAGAACAUCUUGAUGAAGCUGAAUCAUAAACAUUCCACAACAAACAAACAAACAAACAAAUACAACGCCCUCACAACAAUAAUAAUCAUCAUCAUGAAAAAUAUUUGCUCAUAUAAUCGGAUCUGGUUUGAUCCAAUCAAUAAUAAUAAUCAUGUAAUAUUCUUCACAUAGUUUUCGCAUCAUCAUCAUCAUCAUCAUCUUCAAUUAUUUCAAUCGAUUUAUUAGUUACAAUUUUCAAUAUCAACUAAUAUCAUUAUCACCAUCAUAAAUAUUUAUUCAAUUUGCAUUUUGUGUGCUCGCGUAAUGUAUGUGUGGCUGGCACACAAUUUUUAGAAAUCAAAUUUACCAAGAAAAAAAAAC